AUGGCCAACGAAACGAUCCGUUGUCCUUCGCCAUUUCUGAGCGAGGCGCUUUUUGACAAUGGGGGGUUUGUGGAUGGAAGGUUAUGCCAGGACGCAGGGAAAGGGCUUAGGUGCUGCCUGCCUUGCCCCAUGACCGAUUGGGCCUAUCCGGACGAAUUCAAUACCCUUGGAGAGGUGGCACAAUGGGUCGCAGUUGCUGGCACUGCCUGCUGUGUCUUUCUUCUUUUGUCCUGGAUCAUCCUGCCCGUCGAUAAGACUUCUAGACAUUACCUAAGUCUGUGCUUGACUACAGCGGUUCUGUUUAUGAAUCUCGGUUUCGUGAUACCUCUUGCCGCCCAGCCAGAAGAAUGCUAUGAUAAGAUCACGCCCCAUUCGAUGAAAACCAACUCCCCUUGCGCAGUAUCCGGCGCAUUCUUGGUCUUUGGAGGCUGGGGAGGAGUGAUGUGGGUGUUUUUGCGCUCGCUAUCAUUGCAUCUGCAAAUCUGCUGGCAGGUUGUUGUCGGACGCAACUUCAUGUGGUUCUCCCAGGCUAUCGGCUGGGGAAUCCCCGUUAUCGGCAUCAUCAUGGCUCUUGUUUCAGUGAACAGCUUGGCCGACCUUUGGAUCCCUUUGCUGAUCUUUGCCGGACUCACCAUUUUUAUUCAGUUUGCGACGUUUGGUUAUUGCAUCAAGGUCUACCUCGCAUCGCUUGCCGACAACAGCGCCUCCACCGAAAACUCGAACCUGCCUUCGUAUACCAACAGCAUCCGAACCAUGACGCCCAAGCAGGCGUACAGGCGUGUACGUCGAGUCAUCCAGCUUCAGUGGAGGGGGAUUGCCAUUGUUCUUAUCAUUGUUACCGACGUCGUCCUUUUCUCGGUCGUCUUCGUUUUCCAGGACAACACGGUUGAGGCCGUUAGGAGGGACCCCAGCACUGCCCUGGAAUGGAUUGGCUGCCUUGGGGUAAAUGGUGGUGACAAGAACAAGUGCCUGGAUAAGGCCGGCCCACUGGUGGUCGACCUCCCGACUGUUGGCGCAGUUCUACUGCUUCUCUCGAUCAACGGAUUGUGGCUUUUGCUCCUCCUCGGUCGAUGGUCGAUGGUAACGGGAUGGCGCGACCUCCUGAUGACGGUUCCUCACCGGAACAAGCGAGAAUUCGUCUCCGUCGAUGCACGGAUGGACGAUCUCAAGAAAGACACACGUUCGUACGAGAUGCUGUCCCGGGAAAACUCCGGGAAAACGAUGGACGACUCAGUAACACUCUCCGCAGUGACUCCGAUCUCGCCCACGUAUAACGCGUACAACGCGUACAACAUGAGGUCACCCAUCGGUGGUAACGGCGGUGGUGGCUACCGAAGCCCCUCCCUGACCCGGAACACUCCCGGGGGCACUGCUUCACCGGGACCUCGCAACCAGCACGAUACCGCCAACCACUCGGGCCGCCGAACCCCCGAUUACUUUGGCAGCACGGCACGCUACCACGCGCCAACGAGGUCUUUCUCGAGCCCCCGUCCCCCACAGUCGCCACCACCCACGGUGACAUGGGACGCAAGAGACACGUACGCUAGAGCUUCUCCGCUCCCGGAAGAGAGUCCGUAUGGGCAUGGACAAGGAGGGUACGGUCAACAACCUCUGGGAAUGAACAGGAUAUGA